AUGCCAUUUGUUUGCGUAGCACAAGCAAAGUUCUAUCUAUCUAUCUAUCUAUCUAUCUAUCUAUCUAUCUAUCUCAGUCUGUUCAUAUCUAUUUAUCUAUCUCAGUCUGUUCAUAUCUAUCUAUCUAUCUAUCUAUCUAUCUAUCUAUCUAUCUAUCUAUGUUCAUAUCUAUCUAUCUAUCUAUCUAUCUAUAUAUCUAUCUAUCUAUCUCAGUUAAUAUCUAUCUAUCUAUCUAUAUCAGUCUGUUCAUAUCUAUUUAUCUAUCUCAGUCUGUUCAUAUCUAUCUAUCUUCAUCUAUCUAUCUAUCUAUCUAUCUAUCUAUCUAUCUCUGUUCAUAUCUAUCUAUCUAUCUAUCUAUCUCCGUCUGUUCAUAUCUAUUUAUCUAUCUCACUAGCUAGCUAUCUCUGUUCAUAUCUAUCUAUCUAUCUAUCUCAGUCUGUUCAUAUCUAUUUAUCUAUCUCCGUCUGUUCAUAUCUAUCUAUCUAUCUAUCUAUCUAUCUAUCUAUCUAUCUAUCUAUCUUAUCCUGUUCAUUUAUUUAUCUUUAA